AUGCGGUCUCACAACACAUUACUGCGCGGCGUGCUAAUGCUCGUUGCUGUCGCAUCCUUCUCCAUCAUCCUCUUAACCGUCUUCCAUAUAAAGCUAGCAGAUGGCCUUUCCCUUAUACCAGUCCAAGAACGACCCUUCUUCUACGAUCAACAACCCCAGCAACAAUCUCCCGCACAAAUCGACGACUCCGAAGAGUUCCUCGAACAAGAAGACACAGUCCUUGAGAAUGACCGCGACUUCCGCCUCUUGACAAGCCUACGAAACAACAUGGGCUUCCACAACAAGAUCGAUGCGCGACAGUCAGGCCACCGCCUCAUGAACCCCACGAUACUCGAGCUCCCCCGCGGCGGCAACAGCAGCCAUGAAUUCCUCAUCAUCGCCCGCGCACCCCAUGUCUGGAAGGAGAUCAAGGGUAAACGCUACAAGCUUGCCCGACAAGUCGCCACCUUCGCAAACAUGACGUACAACAACCUCGGCCGACCGAUCCUCACGACUGGCAAGUGGUCGAAACUCCUCGUCGAGGACUUUGGCGGGCCUGAGCAUCACUGCCAGCGACAGCCUGAUAUGGAUCGAUACAUUGGCCCGGAGGACAUGAAGUUGUUCUGGACUCGCACUGGUGAACCACUUCUUAUCUUUACACAUCAAGUCGACGACGAGGUUCUAUGCCAAGGACAGUUCCUCAUCGACGUCCGCGCUGCAUUACCCGAGCUCGAAGAAGCCCUUGGCCACGAAGCAUCAUCUCAACUACCCCCAAUCCGCUUCAACACACCCACUGGUCUAUACCGCCAACCAGCAGAAGGUCAAGAAUCGCAUCCUCGAUACCAGCGCGAAAAGAACUGGGCGCUCGCACAAUCGCCUUUCAGCUCCGAUUCGGAGCUCCUUCUAAUGGUGGAGCCUGGCCAACUUUACCGCUAUAGUUCCAGCGACGCUCCUGUGGAAUCGGUAGUCGAUGUCCACGAUCAGCGCUCAGCUGUCGAGGAGCCGUAUCCAUCGACUGCCAAACGAGAUGGUACUUGGCAUAGCAAAAGCAUGACCUGUAUGCACGACGUUAUGCUCGACGAUAAACAUGUUCACCAGAGCACGCCUAUGAUCAGCGUCACGCUCUGCAAUAGAGGGACCUGCGAACCCAACGAGCAGAACACUGUCAUAGUGGGCAUGGUGCAGCGGCGCCUUGACCCUCCCCUGUCCCCUUUUACAUGGUAUGAUCGCAGAAUAGCCGUAUACGAGGCUACAGCGCCGUAUCGGAUGAUUAGCGUGAGCAAAAAGCUCACGUACCACGGUGAAUCCGACGGCAGAUACGUCUGGACGGGUUCCAUGUCGUACUACAACAAUCAUACGAACUUUCCACCGUCAAAUCACGGUUUCCUCAAUGACGAGGUCUGGCUGAGUUUUGGCAUCAAAGAUUCAGCUGCCGGGUGGCUGGAUAUUCGGGCUAGGGAUCUAGUCGCAGAUCACUAUAUGUGCCAGGGCGCUUCGGCAGGUUACAGGCAUUAUAGACAGGGCAUUUCUACAUAA